AUGUCCCUUCCACAUGCAAUUUUGGCAAGGAAGAUGUUCAUCACAACUACCCUUUGUGUCAUAUUUUUCACAGUAUUUCUUCAGGGCAUUACUAUUCGACCAUUGGUGAACUACUUGAAUGUCGAAACUAAGAGCGAUCGAAAGCCUACAAUGGCGGAAAGUGUAUAUAACAAGUAUCUCGACUACAUGAUGUCUGGAGUUGAAGAUAUAGCAGGACAGCAAGGACAGUAUUCUAUUCUUGAUAGCUUCGAACGAUUUAACGCCAAAGUUUUGCAACCAAUUCUUAUGAGAAACCAAACCAAAAAGAACUUUGACGCCUCUACCAUCCUUCGCGCUUACCAGAAGAUUACCCUCGAGGAUGCUAUGAAUCUCACAAAACUACAAAAAGCUGAGCAUAAAAGGAUAUCGGCUCUUCGAGACCAAGAAUUACGCGGAACAUACAUCAAUAAAGCCUUUGAUAAGGAGAUGCAGAAGGAUAGCGGUACAACUGUCACUCCUCAAUCCAAACAGUUGGAAAAGUUUCUCGCUACUGGCGAGAAUGUGGACAGCUUGUAUGCACUAUUCAGUGAGCUGUUGGAUAGGAAGCUGAGGGAGUUGAACACAACAAGGGAAGAAGCAAGUGCAGAAGAGGGAGAUGACAUUCAGGAUGAUUACAUGCGCGAAAUGGCCACGAGCAACGCGAUUACAUGA